AUGGGCCUUGGGAGCAGAAGAAUAAUCCACUGCAACAUGAGGCUCACCUGCACUCUACUAAUCAUAGGAGCAUUUUGCAUGACACCUUUCUUCUGCUAUAGCCAAAUUGAUCCACUAGCUCUUGGGCGAGCAGACCCCCAGUGCUGGGAAUCCUCCUCGGCUGUCUUACUGGAGAUGAGGAAGCCUCGCAUUUCUGACUCUGUCAGUGGCUUUUGGGACUUCAUGAUCUUCCUGAAAUCAUCAGAGAACUUGAAACAUGGGGCUCUGUUCUGGGACCUGGCUCAACUCUUCUGGGAUAUCUAUGUGGACUGCGUGCUCUCCAGAACCCAUGGCCUAGGGAGAAGGCAGCUAGCAGAAGCUGAACAGAAGAUCGCUACUCUACAGUCUCAGUUCACGGGGAGAAAGCAAGGGAUAUUUUCUCAUAUUCAGAGGUCAUCAGUUCUGAAGAAGAAAGACUCAUUUGAAGAUUUAAUAAGUAUCCACAUGCAUAAGAGUAAAUCUACAUUACUUGGAAGACUCAUUGGAGAGCUAGGGAAAAAGAGGAAAUGACACGUUUAGUUGAAGAUCUUGAUUUGUAGAUAUUUUUUAACUACUUUAAUUUUUGCAUUUUA